AUGGCGCAAGCAGCCGGACCUUCGUGGGACGCAGAUCUCAAAUCUGUUGCUGCACAGCUACAUGAUAGACUGCUUAAAAAAGAGAAAGCAGUUAGUUUUAAUACCGAUUUCGAUAAAGCCAAAGUCGAGAGCAUUAUACAUGAGUUGUUGAAUAGCUUGGUACCCGACUUGGCUAAGGUGCGACACGAUGCUCUGGAAGAAUCUCUAAAAACCGCUCAAGAAAGGCUCCAUUUCGCAGUAGAGGACAAAGAGAAAGCUGAAGAGACCACUUCGACGUUGAAAACCGAAUUGCUCGACGUUGAAGAGAAAUACGAUCAUGCAAUGACCGAGACUAAAAAAGAACACCAAAAUCAGUUAAUCCUUGUUGAGACUGAAAAAUUUAAAAAGGACGACAUGAUCCAAGCGUUGAAAACAAACAUAAGAGAUAUAGAGAACGAGAAUAAACUGUUCAUAGCACGAAAAGACCGUGACUUUAACGAACUAGAUAAAAACUUUAAAAAACUGGCCGAGCAAAAGAAGCUUGACGAUAAAGAGCUCAAGCGAAUACGGGAGCAUAUGCGGCUGAGAGAUGUAGACUUGAAACAAGAAAAGAACUGGGGGGAAGAGCAGAAACGUCAACACGAUGAAAAGGAUGAGGAAUUGAAAAAGGCAAAUAAAAUGUUAGGUUCUGUCCUUAGGGAACUGGAAAAGGCCGAAAAACAGGUUGCUGCAAAUGAAGAGAAAGAAAAAGAACUCAAGAAUGAGUUGGAUGAGAGAGAAAGAAAGAUAGGGACGCUCGAGACAAAAGUAGCCGAAUUUACCAGACUUAGGAGCGGAAGCGUCAGGAGUACGAGGACCUCAUCGGACGCAUCACAAAGGGGGGCAGGUAACCUAGGCAAUGAACUCGAGGCUGAAAAAGAUAGAGAAAAUAUCUUGCAACUUGAUGCGCAGAUUGUGGAUCUUAACGGGGAAUUGGCCGGUGUGCGAAUAGAAGUCAAGCAAGUCCAAAAAGAGCGCGACGACCUCCAGGCACAGUUAAAGAAGGCCAAUGUUAAGAUCGACGAACUCAACAAGGAAGUCACUCGCCUCAAGCCAUUCGAGGACCAAGCAAAUACCCUCGCAAUACGCGAGAGGGAGCUUCAAUCCCAAGCCAAGGCCAAGGGGCAAGAGCUCAAAAAGGCCGAGGACGACCUUAACAAGGCAAAUGCCGAGAUUAAGAGGCUUCAGCGAGGCCCUGGGAGUAAAGCAACCACCCCGACGGUCGUCCCGGCGGCCGGACUUGACGCCGCAGUCGAGGAGUGCGAGAAAGAAAAAGCUCAACUCGGAAAGCAUAUCGAACAACUCGAGCAAGAGCUCGAACAGUUGCAGGAAGACCUCAAGAAGAACCCAUCAGAAGACGAAAUCAACGAGCUCCGCCGCCGCCUCGCUGAAGCAGAAGAAGAAUUGAAGAAAAAACCAUCGGAAGACGAGAUCAACGAACUGCGUCGUCUCCUCGAUGAAGCGGAGGAAGAGCUCAAGAAAAAACCAUCGGAAGACGAGAUCAUCGAACUACGCCGGCUCCUUGCUAAAGCACAGGAAGACCUUACGAAGAACCCAUCAGCAGACGAAAUCAACGAGCUCCGCCGGCUCCUCACACAAGCGGAAAGAGACCUCAAAGCCGAGCAAGAAGCCCGCGCCCAGCUCGAAGAAACGCUCAAAAACUUGAGGCGAGAGGCACUCGCCAAAACUGCAGAACACGAGCGCGAAACGCGCCGCAUGAUCGCCGAUCACGCAGCCCGCAUCAAGAAGCUUGCCGCCGACUUCAAAGCAAAGCAGGGCAACACCAACGAUAUCAGCUCGGCCCUCGCCACGUUCUGGGAGGAGCUAGCCGAGAAGAUCAGCGCGCGAAGCCAAGAAGUACAGGAUAUGUUCGAGAAGGAGCUCGCGGUGAACCACACGAUGCGCGACCAAUACGCGGAACGUUUGGCCCGCAUGAACGAGGACAUCAACCGCAACCCGCUAGCCCCGGAGACAGCGCUCGCCAGGCGCCGCGUCGCCGGCGUCGAGCGCGAGAUCGAGCGCAUGAACGGCAUCAUCGACACCAUCACCAAGGAGGCCACCUGGUUCGAAGACGUGAUGCCCGAAUUUGCCGUUGGCGCACAGCACGCCCGCGACGUACGGACGGCAGCCGGCCAAGUAGCCGCCGCAACCACAGCUGCCGCCGAAGCCGCCCAGGCCGAAGCCGCCGCGGCUGCUGCUGCGGCUACCGCGCGCGCCGAGGCCGAAUCGGCUGUCCUGCGCGCCCAGGCUCAAGCCGCUGUUGCACGAGCGGAAGCAGAAACGGCAACCGCGACGCAGAACCGAGUCAUAGCCGAAACCCGGCGCGCGAUGUGGCGGGAUGGAUGGCAGGGACUAAGAGGGCUAUUCUGGCGCGACAGGUGGAACGUGGUUGCGAUUGCGAACCUCUGGGUCAUGUUUCUGAUGGUGUUGCUGAUGUUGGCGCACGCGCGGGAGAUGGCGAUUUGGAAGUCGGCGAACGCGCCGUUGCAGAGAGCUUUCUACGUCAAUACGGUAGACCAGUCUGCUCUUUGUUUCAGACGGCCGUCGUGGGCUCUGCUGUGGGAGUUUAUUAUUGCGCUUUUUACUGGUCAGUUUUUUAUGAAGAUAGGUAAUUAG